GUUUAGGCCUCAGGAUUUUAAUUCAUAUCUGCUUUUCACAAAAUAUCUGACCUUUCUCUUUGAAUAUUUUCUCUCAUGGCCGCUGCUGAUGUUGAGUUCCGGUGCUUUGUCGGAGGGCUCGCAUGGGCCACCGAUGACCGGGCCCUCGAAGAAGCCUUCAGUACCUUCGGUGAAAUCGUCGAUUCGAAGAUCGUUAAUGAUCGUGAGACUGGAAGAUCAAGAGGCUUUGGAUUCGUUACUUUCCGUGAUGAGAAAUCAAUGAAGGAUGCUAUCGAAGGAAUGAACGGUCAAAAUCUUGACGGAAGGAAUAUCACCGUCAAUGAAGCCCAGUCCCGUAAAAGCGGAGGUGGUGGUGGUUUUGGAGGUGGAAACGGUGGAUAUAACCGUGGUGGCGGUGGAUAUGGUGGUCGCCAAGGAGGAUAUGGUGGAGGUGGACGCCGAGAAGGUGGAUAUGGAAACGGAGGAGGCGGAUACGGUGGUGGACGCCGUGAAGGAGGAUACGGUGACGGUGGUUCCCGUUACUCAAGAGGUGGUGGUGACUCGGAAAGCAACUGGAGGUCUUAAGUAUUGGGGUUUAAGUUGGGCUUGGGCCUUGGAGUAGAAAUGGAAUAAGUAAUGAUUGUUAGUGUUAUGGUUUGAUGGUGUUUGUAUGCUUCUUUGUUGAAGUUCUGGGUGGGUUGGUUUCUCUUUACCUGUUUUGACCGAUGCAUCUGCUUAUCUGUCGUUUAUCCCUUGAAACAUUAGAAUGGAAUUAGUACAAUUUCUUCUUUGCAUUUCA